AUGGUAGCCACAAUCCUCUCCCUCCCUAACGAAAUACUUUCAAACAUCUUCAACGACAGAUGUCUUUCCAAUGCGGACCUCACCAGACUCCAAUUGACUUGCAGUUUGUUCCGUGAUAACAUCGAACAACAAACCUCUCGCCGGUAUACCUUCCGAGUCGACGCCCAAGGCCACCCCACAUGGCGUCUAAUCCGGUCCCUUCUCAAGAACCCAAAACUGGGUGAACGGUUCAGCGAAAUCACCGUUCGAUGGGAACGUCGAAAUGCAUCAAAUAAAGAAACCUGGACGGAAACAUGGUCAUGGGAAAGAGAUGAAAUUGAAAAGAUCCAUGACCUUUGCGAAAAAUGGUGUAUUGACGAUCGUACGCAACGUUGUAUCGGAUAUGGAAUAAAUUCUGAGGCACUCCUGCCGUUGUUACUGGUGUUUACGACGAAUUUGAAAUCCUUGGAUUUGGGAAAUAUUGACGUCGUGUUGGUGACGCAUACGUACCAAGAAUGGAGGAGCGGUGCGGCUUUAUGGGCCAUCGGUGAAUCCGAACAUAGUGAUCCUCAGGCGGAGUUUGAUGAAAAGUGUCAAAGUCAUAACCCAAGAGACAGGGAUAUAUUCUUAUUUGAGAAUCUUCCGUAUCGACUAUCGUCGAGGAGGGAGUCAAGAGCAAGAGCCAAGGAUUUGUAUAGUCACUAUAUACAUCGUGGUGAAGACCCCAUGAACAAACCGGAGAGAACAUCACCAGAUCCUGAUUCAGCUGUCCUCCCGGGAUUAGCUAACCUUGAGCAUUUCCGGAUUGGAAGUGAGAGCGUCGAGGGAUAUGGAAGCGAACCAGUUCAUAGUCUUGAUGUUUUUGCGUUUCUCCUUUUACCAGCGAUCAAAGCUAUUCAGGCAUUUGGAGUCUCUCAUCUUAAACCUUAUUCUAUUGGGGGUUAUACAGGUUCGAUCGGUGACGAAAACGUAUCUACGGUGAAACAUCUAGUUCUCCAGACGGUGGGGGGUGGGCGCGCGCACACGAGGAUGCUCAUGCUGGGGCCGGCGCAGGCGCAGGUGCAGACAAAAGUAACAACGUUUGUUGAUGUGGUCGCUGGGAUUACGAGAAAUCUCGAAUCGGUUUAUGUUAAAACCGGAGAGGAUGAAGGAAGUGAAGCCCUGGGACGGGCUUUCUUGGAAAAUAACAAAGCGACAUUGGUACCAGCAAAUGUUAUUGUUGACGGUGAUGGGUUCGACGAUGAAGGAGUGUUCGUUCCGGAUUUGGAAAGGAAAAAGGCGCUGGCCUUGAAGCAGAAGCUUUGGGAGCAGAGUCGUGGAAAUCUCAUGGCAUCGAAUAAUAAACAGUCUCCUCUAGAGACCCUUCAGCCGGACAUCCUAUUCAAGGUUACUUCAUUCCUCGAAAAAUGCGAUUCAUUCAAUCUCAUUCUAUCUUCAAAAAACUUUCAAGAUGCCUGUUACCGUCAUAACUGGUUUAAACUUGGAUUCAAUAACAGCUCUCUCAUAUCUCAUGAUGAUCUAGUCAUACACAAUACACUCGCUCAGCUAGAGUCACCUAUUCACAUUGGAUGGUCGCUCGGGGUCCAAGACGGUGUUCCUCCUGAGUUCUCGGUUUUACGAGCGACGCUAGAGGCUAUAAAAAAUGGGGAUAUACGAGGUCCUAAACAUAUUGAGCUAGACCUUACUAGUUAUCAGCCCGAUGAUAGCGUAGAAAGAAUACCAAAUCCAUGGUAUAGAUUAUUUGAAGAGAAAAAUGAGCCUGAAUCAGAUUCGGAGUCGCCUUUAACUACCAUACUUCCUUUUGGCAAAGCCAAAACUUCGGAGGAUGAUGUUCCGUUCAACAAACAUACCACCGUCUUAAGCAUCUUCAAGUCCUUUUCAAAAGAAAAGGAUCCUUCUGAAAAAUUUCGAAUAUCUAUCAAAAUCAACCUAGCCGAUAUCUCGAUCUUAAAAUUUUGCGACAUGACGAAGGUGACAAAUCUUCGAUUGGAAGAAAUCUGGGAUGGCAGACAAAAACGCAUCGGAAGGAGCGUUGAUGGGCUUGUUAUGGCACUUUCUGGGCUGACGGACCAUCUAAAAACGCUUUCAUUAGCAGGGGAGCCAUACAGACGGAAUGCUAGUAAAGAGUUCGAACCUGCAGAUUUAUGGGAUAAACUCCAGGUUCUUCAAGAGGUAGUCUGGAAAAUGAAAUCGCUUCGUUCCCUUACCGUCUCUCACCAUUACUUAUUCCACCCUUCAUUUAUCCUUUUGCCCCCAGAAGGAGUCACAAGCCUUACGUAUUUAGGCAUUAUGUCGCCUUUAUGGUGGCGAAAAUUCGCGAGUUACCAUUUUGCGGGCGUCGAAGAACUAACUCUGGGGUGUGUGGGCUUGGGGGGAGAUGAUGGUGCAGAGAGAAAGUAUUUGCAGAGCUCGGGGGAAGAGAUUUGGAACCAACCUGAGGAAUUCAGGCUGGAUAGUAUUCAGAUUUCGGGAUUACGCUGGAUUAGUUUCGAGGAUCUAGCUGACUUCGGUCUUCAUUAUCCAGCCGACCUUCUUCCAUUGGUAUUGCAAAAUAAUCCAAGGAUUUCAGAGCAUUCUAUAAAAGUUCUUGUGAAGGACAGAUCGGGUCGGUUCAAUGGUGGAAAAUUGAAGAAAAGGCUACCGGCGUUUGUUGAAAGACACAGUCGGCGGCUUUUAGAUAUUCUUCAAAAGAGUUAUGCUGAUUUGAAGGACGAGUCUAUUCUGGAAUAUCUGUUGACUAAAAAGACUUUACCGAACGAUCGGAUUGCUGAGGGAUUGUUUGAAGCAGAAAUAGAGAAGGUGAUGGCAGAACGGAUGGUCAAGGAAUUUGAGGAGAGAUUUGCAGCCAUUUCCGCGGAGGAAACUACGAAGGCCCUCAGGAGGAGUUUGAUGGAUUAA